AUGGCUUGGUACGAUGAGGACAGCUGGCUGACGGCAGCCUUUGCGCCAAACCCCACGACCAUAAUCGUCACGCUUCUCGUCGCCCUAAUACUGCCAAUACUAGUGCAUAGCUUUCUCUACAGAAAAGCCGCGGCCGCUGCCCAGCUGCCCACCUUCCUGCUCGUCGGCCCGAGCGGAAGCGGCAAAACGGCCUUUGCGACUCUGGCUGAACGGAGCGCCUCGACCCAGACACACACGUCGACGACCCCCCUGAGCGUCUCCGCCCUGCUCCCCACCCCCCACGUCCCCGCAUCCUCGCACUACCGUUCCCCAGGCGACCCAGCCUACGAACGCUCGCGCAACUUCCGCCUCCUCGACACCCCCGGCCACGGUAAGCUGCGCCACCACGCCACCUCGCAACUCGCAGACCCAAAGAACAUCCGCGCCAUCAUCUUCAUGCUCGACGCUGCCCAGCUGGCUGACGAAGCUGGUCUCACCGAAGCAGCAGAGUACCUCCACGACGUGCUUCUUUCUCUGCAAAAACGAUACACAAACGCUACAUCGAGCAAAGGACCCAAGGAAAUCCCCGUGCUUAUUGCAGCAAAUAAAAUGGACCUCUUCACUGCGUUGCCCGAGCAUCUGGUUAGGAAUUCGCUUGAGAAGGCUAUUACGGAGAUUAGAAAUAAUAGGGCUAAGGCGCUGAGGGAUGGCGGCGCGGCGCUGAGUGGAGGCGAAGAUGAGGUGGAUGAGGAGAAGGAGUGGCUUGGUGAGGGGGGUGAGGGGGCGUUUAGCUUUGAGCAGAUGGGGGAGAGUAGGACGAGCGUUGAGGUUGUGGGCGGGAAUGUCGUGGGUGGCAAGGCCGGGCCUGGAUUGGAUGGGUGGUGGAAGUGGAUUGCGGAGCAGCUUUGA